GAUCUGGGUUCCCUGGUGUUUCCCAGGCAGGGUGCCUCACUCGUAGUCCAUGCUCAAUGAACAUUUGAGGAUGAACUGAUGGGGCCCUCCUUGUUCCCCUGCUGCUGGCUCAGCCCCUUGGGCUCAGCGCCUCUGACCCGCUUCCCUCUCUAUUUCCAGACCGGCCUCAUUGUCGCCUGCUACCACGGCUUUGUGGAUGCUGUGGUGGUCUUGGCAGAGUGCCCCCAUGUUGAUGUCAACUGGCAGGACAGCGAGGGGAACACGGCCCUAAUCACAGCUGCACAGGCAGGGCAUGCCACCAUCACCAACUACUUGUUGAACUACUUCCCUGGUCUUGACCUUGAAAGGAGGAACGUGUUUGGGUUCACGGCCCUGAUGAAAGCGGCCAUGCAGGGCCGAACGGAGUGCAUACGAGCCCUGAUGCUAGCAGGUACUUCAACGCCAGGGGCCCCCCCCCCCGGGGAUGUCCCCCCCAGGGAGUGGGCCCACCUACACGGGGGGGGACGGAGGCGGUGCGCCCUCAUCGGGGAGGGCUGCUGGGAGCGGCCCCUGCCCGGAGCAGUUUGGGGAAAAAGUACCAGCCCAAGGCGGCCGCUGCCCCUCGAGGGGGCUCUGAAGCCAGGGAGCUCCAAAAACUGCUUGCAGAGGCUCACGGAGUUUGUGCGGUCCUCGCUGGCCUCCCGCUCGCGCCAGGGCCUGGAGGAUGGGGGCGUCCUGGACCACAUGGUCAGGAUGACCACGAGUCUCUACAGUCCUGCUGUGGCCAUCGCCUGCCGGACCGGACCAGCGCCCACCUUGCAGCUCCCCAAGUGGAGGUACAAGGAGGCCAAGGAGGAGAAGAGGAAGGCGGAGGAGGCGGAGAAGCAGCGCGUGGCCGCCGCGCAGAAGGGAAGGCGGGCGGCGCCCUGGAGGAAGAGGACGUGAGGGAGCCGGCGGGGGCGCUGCGCCCGGGGAGCCGGCCGCGGGGCGGGCACGUGGCGGCGCGCAGGGCAGGAGGCGCCCGCCGCUCGCCCUCGCCGCUCGGGGCCCCGUUUUCUCCUGCGGGACAGGAUCCUCGGGGGCCCCAGAAAGCCACCCGUGUUGGUUCAGGCCGCACCCCAGAGUGAACCGGUCACAGCACAAAUCACUCUGCCUAAGACCAGUUCUAGCCAUCCGUACACCUGGCAGGCAAUUUGCCUAAAAGCUCCUACCUUUAGGACCUCAAGAAAAUUUUAAGACCAAGUUAUCAAAGGGCAUUUUCUGUAUAAUUUUGUAUUUUAAUUACGAUCAAAUUUGCAGCAUUUUACUGGUGGUAGGGCUGUUUGUAUUUAAGACAGUUUUAAUGCACUUACCUAAGACCCUUUGUUUAAAAUACUGUUCCUAGCAAUAAUUAUUUGUGAUAUCUCUAUGAUUUCAUACGGACGUAUGGAAUUCUCCCUCCUUUUUUGCGGUUUGAUUUCGAUCUUGCUUUUCCUUCUCAUUGUGGGUACACAUAGCCCUGUUUAUUCUUACUGAUUUGAAUAAGUGAUGCCAAAUAUUUGUUUCUAUUUGAUGGAGACUUUUUUUUUUUUAACAGCAAAAUGAUCAAGUGAGACAGGAAUCAGAUUUUUUUGUAUCUUAUUUUUUUUAAAGCUAUUUAUUCAUACAGGAAUAACAAUGAAGAAAAACCUAUUGUCAAAGUAUGAGACAGUGCAUAGAGAAGCAUGUAUUUAUUGCUGGAACUAAACUCAUUUUAAGCAAGGGAUUUUAGAUAAGCUGAUAGAAAAACUUUAACAUUCAAAAACAGAUAUAAGAGGCAAAACUAUUUUUAAUAAACCUGGGGGCAAAUCUACAUUAUUAUUAUUAGAAAUACAAAAGUAAGUCAUAUGUACUCUUUGAUAAAUUGGCUUCAGAUGGUCUUAAAAUAUUAAAAAGAUGCAAAACGAUAAGGACCCCAGAGUGGAAACCCCUGGAAUGGAGGGGGGCAAAUGGUAGAGGAGCAGGGAUUAGAACUGACUGUUUUAGGCAAAGUCUCCUCCAGACCCAGUGCCAAAGACGCCCCGGGGUGGACUUCCUUUUCCUUUUAUCACUGCCCGAUGCUCACUUCAUCCUCACACCGACUGUGUAGAAUUUCCAAGAAGUGGGGACUUUGGCAGAGCACAGAUGUGGCUUGCUCUGGGCCCUGAACUCUCAGUGGGAGUUUUCUGUCCAUACUUUUUUUUUUUUUUAUAAUCUGCCGAGCAUUGAGAAACUCUAAUGAAUCUCCGGCCAUCUGGGCUGUAGAGUAUGGGUCACAUAGGCACUACUGACAGCACUUUAUUUAGGUCCUGCUUGGAAGCUUAGAUUUAAAAUAUUGCAGAGGGCGUGAGAAGCGCUUCAUUUCCCUCCUGCCUUCACAGGUCAGAUCCCGCUCACUGGCUACGUCGGGACCCGUGCCCGGCUGCCUCAUGCUGUGGGUGGUGGUGGCACUGGCCUCUCUAUUCCCUCCCACUCGGCACCACCAGGCAUUGAGCAACCAGGGGUCUCGUACUCACUCGCCAGCACCCUCACUAUUGCACCUUGUGCCUGAACUGAUGGGGAAUAGGUGUGGUGGUAACUCAGAUUGUAGUGAGUUCCGCCCGCAUUGCUGAGAGGCACAGGAAGGAUGGCACAGAGGGCUGGCCCACUUUGAGCAUCACUGGUAGCAGCUGGCUGCAGGUCACCCUGGUGCCGAAGAGUUGGGAUUGGCCAAGUCCCCUUGGAUGAGAUGAGGGCUGGUCCCCAAGGUGGAAGCACGCCUGGUCUCUCUGGCGGUCUGAUCUGGCAUCCUUUCAGAUCCCUUUUUUGGUGUUCAUGUAUUUUUGUUGCUUUGAAUGGCUGGCUGCAGUGUCUCACUCAGGGGCCAUUCCCUGCCCCUGUCCCCAGUGUCAGGGCAGGGGCACGGAUGGCCCUUCUGAUUUCCAUGUCUCCUCGGCUUUGUCACAUUGGCUCCCUGCCAUCCCCUUCGCCUCCUCUCUUUUUCCUCACUUGCCUUUUCUUCCUCUGCCUGUUUUCUUCUCCAGAUUUGGCUGACUGCCUUGCUCGUCCCUAGCCCCACCGCUCUGACGUCUAAACAGGGCAGGAAAGCAAGGCCAUUCAGAGAGGCGGUGUGGUGUCCCUGUGGUGUGAUCACGUCAUGACCUCCAAACACACAAUAGUGAACCAAGGGCAGAUUUUUCCAGCUUCUGUGCAGGUGGUUUAGAAUCCCCCCCCCCCCCCGGCUUUUAGGGAGGGAGCCCUAAGUUUCUCUCCUGACAGAUGACAACCCCCCGUCCCACAUCGAUGUACAGGGGAGGGAGGGUCUGGUGUCUGCUUGCACCAGGAUAUUUAUGAACUAUAAAUAGUAAAUUUCAACUUGACAGGUACCUUCUCAGGGAUUUAUAUAUAAACAUAGGUAGGGGCAAAGUGGAAGUAUGUUUUAAUACUUUGUAGUGUUUGUGUGAAUUACAAUUAAACUAGACAGAAGAAAUGUGUCCAGGGCAACGUCAGUGCUGCUGUUUCCCAGGGAGAUGUCUGGGAAUGGCCCCUCGGUCGAGACUUCCUGGUUAUUGGAAACCCGGACCCUGCUGCCCCUGUGGCUCUGGGGUGCACAUGGGGUGACUUCAGCGCCUCUCAGCGGCCUCUGUGGAUGGGCCCUUUGUGUGUAUAAAGGGAAACUCACCCGUGGGAGCAGGGGUGGCAGUGAUAACAGACGGACCGUUCAUCACUGUGACCUCUAGACCUGGCUCCUCCCCAUCUGACACUGGGGUGUGUGUGAAAUGACUCCCUCUCCUGUGUGCUCAUGUGAUUGAGUGUGCUACCGCCGGCCCAGCGCCCAGCCCAGAGCGGGGAGGAGCAGGGGAAACUGGGUGCUCAGAGGCCGCAAGCACCUUCCAGGGCUUUGGCUGCACGAGGGAGACGCCCACAGAACCUUAGGGACCUUUACCUUUUUUGACGUGGCUCCCGAGGGGCAGCAUGCGAUACCUCAGGAAUAUGAAGGUGGGAGAUACAAUCCCUUCGUCAUCUCAACUGCGGGCCCUCCUAAGGCUCGAGGCUCAUUGUGCCGAAAAGGCUAAGAUUUCGUGAUGUCAUUUGGAAGUGGGACUUGUGGCUCAGAGGGGCCGUUCCAGGCUGCCUCCGCUGGCUGGCCGUGGUAACAGGUGUCCUGCUGUGCGGCUGAGUGGAGACGAGGCUGCUGUCUGACACUGAAUCGCAGGAGGUGGAGCCAGGCCCCGGCCCUGCAUGGAUGGGAAGCUGCUGUCCCCGGGGAGGAAUCCUGGGCACCGAGUUGUGAAGAAACACCUCCCCGAGACGUAAAUAAAUGAGCCGCGACUAAGGAGUGGGUGUGAUUGGGCCCCCGCAGCCUCUGGCAGGAGCACUGCCUGGCCGUCCACACUACAGGAGAGAGAAGCCCUCUCUCCAGAACCCGCUCAGCCUGCUCUGUGGGAUGAGCUGCAGCCCUGCUGUUAGUCAGCUGUUCCUCUUCCCCCAGGCUCACCUGCUGACUCACGCUCGCUCAUGUUUCCAUCGUCAUACAGCACGGUUGUUCCCGGGAGUAUUAAGAUUUAUCACAAACGACUGGAAGCUCCUAGUCACAGCCCUUUAUAUGCGAAAACGCUAGCACCUUGUCUUGUUUACAGUGUUGGGAAGGUCUGACAUGCUCGGGGCCCUCUGCUCCGUGGUGGGGAACUGUUUGGAUUCUGCACCUGGCCCUGGGCCUCAGUUUCCCCUGCAGCGGGCUUGCGUUAGCAGCUGCCGGGAGGGCCAGGGUCAUCUGGGGAAGGAAGGGUGGAAGGUCAAGCACAGUCACCCCUUAUAAGACAACCAAGUCACGUUUAUGACAAAACCAUCCAGCAGAGUUGUCGGCUGCCACCAAGCACUAAACACAAGAACGGCUCUUCCCAACUUGAGGUUUCUCUCUCCUCGAGGUGCACCUCCACGCUUUUAAAACUUAUUUGGGCAUCUGUUCUGUAUACCUGCUGAGUCAGUGCUCACCUCGGUGCCCUUGAAUUCACAUGGUUCUUCAUUAACAUUUAAAAUAAGUGGCUGAAGACCUUCCUCUGGAGGUUAUUUUUUGAAAGAAAUAGGAAACCCCACAACCACCAGGAUUGAUGAGCUGAUUUUUGAGUGACUCGGGCGAAUGCCAGUGCUGCGUACAGGACACAACCUCCUCGCUCUGACCCAGCCUGAAAUAAGCCGAUGUGACAGGUGUGGCCCCUGUCGUGCCAUGACAGCCCUCAGCAGCAAGCUGUGCCGGAGUGGACAGUGUGUGAUAAGGUGUGAGUGCACACACACACACAUGCGUGCACACACACGACCUGAGAGGAGACCUGGCUUUGUGCUCACAAAGGUGACUGCUGCUGUGGCUUUACUCUGGCUCCCGGGGAAUCUCAGGGGUGACCUGCUUGGACGGUGUGUAUUCAGGAGGACCGGACAGCCUAAGGCCACUGUGGGCACUCCAGCCAACACACGUGUAACAGCCAAUGUGUCAUAACACAGGCCUUCCUUUUCAGAGGCGGUUUUGCCCAGGUGACUAGUACAGGAGCUCCUUGGCGAGGUUCCACAGCCGGUAUGGGUCUUUGACAUCCUUGGCACGGAGGGACCCUGCCUCAGAGGACUCUGGUUGGAGAGUGGCCACCGGGUGGGGGCUGACUCCCCUGAGACUCGGCACCAGGCUAACAUAGAAUCCACAUUUUGCCCUGAAGAAGUGCUAAGAAGUUGGCCUCAGUGUUAGAUGCUCUAAUCAAAGGUAACAUAAUUUGGGGCUUGAGAGAAAUCGGUUCAUCAGACUGUGAUACCUUUGUAUUGUUUUUAAGGAAAAUGUAGAAGAGAAACAAAAACGAGGCCGCCAUCGCGGGUAGAGCGUGGCCUGUGUUGACCUGAUGCGUUAGGAAGUUUGGGGGGGGGGGCGCACAUGGAAGCACUUUAACACCAGUUUGGGAGCAGAAGUUCUAGAAGCUGGUUUGGAACUGCACUGCAAUGUCGAAUUUGAUGAAAACUAUAAAGGGAAGCUAUACACCCAGAAAUGUUACCAGCAAGUCUGGGAGCCUUUGGAACAUCCUGAGGAAUUUGACUAAUACACCCCAUUCAUAGAAACAGGAAAAGCCAAUCUCAUUGAAAUUCUCUUCAUUUGAAUCGUCCUGCCUGGGACUUCCCUGGGGCCUGUGGAUGUGUGUGAGCAGGCUGCGCAGGGGCCCGGUUUCCAGUUUUGUUUCAUCUUGGGAUAAGCUCUGUUUGCUGGAUGUAAGCUAUCUUCGUUGUCAUUUCUAAAAAUCCGGUAGGUUUCUGGAUAUUGUAAAAAACGUUGAGUCUAGAUGUGAUUCUGUAAAUUUCAUAGUGUUUUAUUUUGAAAUGAGAGUUUUUGUUUGUUUAUAAGAGGUAUUUUCCUAUUUAGACCUCAGGGCUAUUUUGGAACCCCAAAAUAAAUGUGACCCCAGCAGCUUCGGUUUUGAUAUCCAAAAGGUUAAUCAUCUUUAAGUUAAAUAUGAUAUAUUAUUCAGCAGAAAGAAUGUACCUUUCCUUUUUAACUUCUAAAUUCUGUACUUAAUGUUUUAAAAGUGUAGGGAAAAAAUGUGAUAAUGUAAAAAUGUGGGGAAAUUGUGGUUAUAGAAUUAAAAAUUACUCAUGAAAUAAACAUUCUUAUGGUA